AUGGAUGGGCUCGGGGCUCUGGCCGUGUUCCAGGGACUCUGCGGCUGUGAUUGCCGCAGGCUGGAUGCCAGCAUCGCGGCGCUGGCAGUCUGCACGGGAGGCUCAGUGGGCCUGCCUUUCUUUAGGCUUCUGAACCUGCGCAAGCUGGGUCUGAGUGACAAUGAAAUCCAGAGACUUCCCCCUGAGGUUGCCAACUUCAUGCAGCUGGUGGAACUGGACAUCUCCCGUAAUGACAUUCCAGAAAUCCCUGAAAGCAUCAAAUUCUGCAAAUCCUUGGAAAUCGCAGACUUCAGUGGGAAUCCUCUCUCCAGGCUUCCAGACGGCUUCACACAGCUUCGGAGCCUGGGCCAUUUGGCCUUGAAUGAUGUGUCCCUGCAGAGCAUCCCCAGUGACAUUGGGAAUUUGGCAAACCUGGUGACUUUGGAGCUACGUGAGAACCUGCUAAAGACUCUCCCCACUUCACUCUCCUUCCUUGUCAAGUUAGAACAGUUGGAUCUUGGUGGCAAUGACCUGGAAGUACUGCCAGAUACUCUGGGAGCGCUACCAAACCUGCGUGAGCUUUGGUUAGACCGGAACCAGCUCUCAGCCCUGCCUCCAGAGCUGGGCAAUCUCCGCCGCUUAGUCUGCCUGGAUGUGUCAGAGAACAAGCUGGAGCAGUUGCCCAACGAGGUCAGUGGGCUAGUAGCGCUGACGGACUUGCUCCUUUCACAGAACCUGUUGGAAUGCAUUCCAGAUGGGAUUGGUCAGCUGAAGCAGCUCUCCAUCCUCAAGGUGGACCAGAAUCGGCUGACAGAGGUGACAGAGUCAAUUGGGGACUGUGAAAAUCUGUCAGAACUCAUCUUGACAGAGAACAUGCUGACAGCCUUACCAAAGUCCCUUGGCAAGCUGGCCAAGCUGACAAACCUGAACGUGGAUCGGAACCGGCUAACAUCCCUUCCAGCUGAGAUUGGAGGCUGCGCCAAUCUGAACGUGCUGUCCUUGCGAGACAAUCGCCUGGCCCUCCUGCCACCGGAGCUUGCCAACACCACUGAGCUUCAUGUCCUGGAUGUAGCCGGGAACAGACUGCAGAACUUGCCGUUUGCUUUGACAAAUCUUAACCUGAAAGCCCUGUGGCUGGCAGAAAAUCAGUCCCAGCCCAUGCUGAAAUUCCAAACAGAGGAUGAUGAAAAGACAGGAGAAAAAGUUCUCACUUGUUACCUGCUUCCCCAGCAGCCCUCUCCUAGCCUAGAGAAUCUUUUGCAGAACAGUGUGGAUGAGAGCUGGACAGACACCAAUCUGAACAGAGUCAGUGUGAUUCAGUUCCUGGAUGAACCCAAAGUAGAUGAUGAAGAGGAGUCUGGAGCUGAGAGACGGGGCUUACAGCGCAGAGCAACCCCUCAUCCCAGUGAACUGAAGGUUAUGAAGAAAGUGAUUGAAGUUCGGCGCAAUGAGGCAUAUGCUGCAAAGCCUGACACGGACCUGAAUUCUCCCAACUCAGAAGAGAAGAGGCUGAGCGCCAUGUCAAAUCGCAGUGAGGACUCCCACCUUUCCAACAGCACUGCCUCUGCUGACUUCAGAGGAGAGGAGCAGGGAGAGGAGGGAGAGAGGAGCUGGCCAAAUGGGCAGCAUAAGGAAGCUGCUGACCAAGAGGAAGAAGAUGUGGAACCCACUGUACACUUUGCUGAGGACACGCUAAUACGGAGUGAGGAUGAGGAUGAAGAUGAAGAGCGACCAUUCCCAGUGGAGAAACAGAGGCUUAUCCGCAAGGACACACCCCAUUAUAAGAAACAUUUUAAGAUAACUAAACUGCCCAAGCCGGAGGCAGUGGUGGCACUCCUGCAGGGGCUGAACAGUGAUGGAGUCCCCAAAGAGGAAGAGGAGUUAGGAGGCUGCAAUAACAACACAGAGCCUGAGGACCAGGAGGAAGUGUGGGAUGAGGAUGACAGAAAGAAUGGAGCUUUAUCUGCUCAGCCAUCAGUGAAGGGGGUGUCGUUUGAUCAAGCCAAUAAUCUGCUGAUUGAACCUGCUCGCAUUGAGGAGGAAGAGUUGACACUGACUAUCGUGCGGCAGACGGGGGGGCUGGGCAUCAGCAUCGCAGGGGGCAAGGGCUCCACCCCCUAUAAGGGUGAUGAUGAGGGCAUCUUUAUUUCCCGCGUGUCGGAAGAGGGUCCUGCAGCUCGUGCAGGCAUUCGUGUUGGGGACAAGCUUCUGGAGGUGAAUGGCGUGUCCCUGCACUGUGCCGAGCAUCAUGUGGCAGUGGAAGCUCUGCGUGGAUCGGGAAGCUCCGUCUCCAUGACAGUUCUGCGGGAGCGGAUGGUGGAGCCGGAGAACGCCAUCACUGUCACGCCGCUGCGCCCUGAGGAUGACUACAGCCCUCGUGAGAGGCGAGGUGGUCUACGCUUCCCAGAGCGACCCGAGGGGGCACCUCCCACAGAGAGAUAUUCCACCUGCCUUAUGCGCAAUGAGAAGGGCCUGGGCUUCAGCAUUGCUGGUGGCAAAGGUUCCACACCCUACCGGGCCGGUGACACGGGGAUCUUUAUCUCACGGAUUGCAGAGGGUGGUGCAGCCCAUCGGGACGGGAUCCUGCACGUAGGAGAUCGGGUCAUCUCGAUCAAUGGGGUAGACAUGACAGAAGCCAGGCAUGAUCAGGCAGUAGCGCUGCUUACCGCAUCCUCCCCCACCAUCGUGCUGCUGGUAGAGAGAGAGGGUGCAGAGCAGCUCAGCGAGGGAGACUCGCCAGGCGUGCCACGAGUGCGCAUGCACUCCCCACCACCGCCUCCCAGCCAUGGGGAGAGCCCACCAGAGGAGACGCCUUCGCUGCAAAGGAACCAUCUGUCUAAAGGCCUGGAGGAUCAAUAUCCCAUUGAGGAAAUUCACCUUGUAAAAGCAGGUGGUCCCCUGGGACUCAGCAUCGUAGGAGGCAGUGACCAUUCAAGCCAUCCAUUUGGGAUUCAUGAACCAGGUGUCUUCAUUUCAAAGGUCAUUCCCCGUGGACUGGCAUCUCGCAGUGGGCUCCGUGUGGGGGACAGGAUCCUGGAGGUAAAUAGUAUUGACCUGCGCCAUGCUACCCACCAGGAAGCAGUGAAUGCCCUGCUCUCCAACACCCAGGAGCUGACUAUGUUAGUAAGGCGAGAUCCGCCACCGCCUGGUAUGCAGGAAAUAUGCAUUGAAAAGGCUCCGGGAGAAAAGCUGGGCAUCAGCAUCCGGGGUGGAGCAAAAGGUCAUGCUGGAAAUCCUUUUGAUCCCACUGAUGAAGGCAUCUUCAUUUCUAAGGUGAGCUCCUCUGGGGCUGCAGCCCGGGAUGGCCGUCUGAAGGUGGGGAUGCGGAUCCUGGAGGUGAAUCACCAGAGUUUGCUGGGAAUGACGCAUACAGAAGCAGUACAGAUACUCCGAAGUGUGGGUGAUGCGCUCCUUGUGCUAGUGUGCGAUGGCUUUGAUCCCAAGGCUGCAGCUGCCAUUGAGAUGUCCCCAGGAAUUAUUGCAAACCCUUUUGCUGCUGGUAUUGGGCGCAAGAAUAGCCUGGAAAGUAUCUCUUCUAUUGAUCGGGAUUUAAGCCCUGAAGAACUGGAGAUCCUACAGAAGGAGAUGGAAAUGGUGAGAGAAGCAACUCAGUGGGAGAGAGAAGAAAUGGAGAAAGUGAAUAUCACCAGUGAACCUUUGAGACUGGACUAUCGGACCCUGGCUGCUUUGCCCAGCAGUGGUUUACAGAGAGUCAAUCGCACUCUUGUUCAGUAUAAUAAGGCCAGCUCCAGAAUGGAGGGCGACUGCACUGUGCUGUCUCUGCCAGUGGCACAGGACAGCCAGGAUUCAUACCCAGAAACAGCUGCAGGCCCGAUCAUCGGAAGCGUGGCUGGCCUCCCUCAGGACCCUGCAUCACCCGACAAGUGCGCGAGCGGGGCAGAAAAGCCCCAGCUAGACAAGCAGGAUCCCACAGGUUGCCCCUUGUCCCAGGACCAGAUGCCAGAGACGCCAGAGCAAGAGUGCAUGAUCGACUCUCAGCCGAUCCUCUUCAGUGAGAACCCCUUUGUGGUGGCUAACCGCAGGGGGAAAGCAGCAGGCAAGGCUUGCCUGGGGGGCCCGCCCCUGGGCUAUGGCAGGGGGGGAGUGCUGAAGACCAACCUUUACUCCAAGGAGGGGCUGGUGGGGAAUGUGAAGUUCAGGGGCAGCCUUGGCUGCAGUGACCAAGAAAUGGUGGAGUUUGAGAUCCUUAGGGCACUGAGGAGAGUGCAUAGCAAGCUCACUACCCUGGACUUCAGGAGAGCAGACUUCGGCCUCUUCGGGGAUCUGCUUGUCUUCACCAGCAAGCGCUCAAGCCACACCGCCCAAGUUGCAGAAGGCAAAGGCAGGGACUGGGAGAACGAAGCACUGCCCACUGUAGGAAAAGAUCAGGUCUUGAGGGAACUGGCGGAUGAAGUUGCUAAGCCACUAUCCAUCAUAUUUGAGAAGUCGGGGCAGGGGUUGGUAUUGGGACCGGCGCUGUUUAACACGUUUGUUGGCAACAUGGACAGUGGGACUGAGAGCACCCUCAGCAGGCUUGCUGAUGACACCAAGCUGUGUGGUGUGGUUGACAUGCUCGAGAGAAGGGAUGCCAUCCAGAGGGACCUUGACAGGCUGGAGACGUGGGCCUGUGCAAAUCUCAUGAAGUUCAACGAGGCCAAGUGCGAGGCUCCUGCAGGCGAGUCUGGGACAGGAAAUUCCAGACGUGAAACCCCCUAUUCUCCUAGUAAUCAGCAGCAAAAGCCACCUUCACCACCCUCUCCUGACGAGAUCCCCAUCAACGUCAAGCAAGCAUACAAGACCUUUGCAGCAGUGCCCUUGUCACACCCUCUGCUUGAGACACAGGAAUUGCCUGGUCAGACCAGCACAGAGAAUCCCAAAACUGCCCUGGAGGUGGCCGCGCACAGCCCCAGCGGACUGCACAGCCCUGAGCAGAGAUCCUUCCGUGAGAGGCAGAAGUAUUUCGAAAUUGAGGUGAAGCAACAGCAGAUGGAUAAGCCUCCCAAGCGUGUCUCCUUGGUAGGAGAGGAUGACCUGAAGAAAAUGAAAGAAGAGGAAGCUCGAAAACUGCAGCAGAAACGUACCCUUCUGUUGGAGGAAGAGGCCGAAGAGGAUGAGAUGGUAAAACAGGUGCCUGAGAUGAGCAUGCAGUCCAGUGUCAUCAUUGAAGGAGUUGAGUACAAGAUUGAGAGACUAAAUGGAAGGAACAUCCAGGCUCCAGCAGCUCGGUAAGACAAGACUGGUAGCUCAGUACCACCCACAUGUGUCAGAGGUGUCCCAGUAUCAGUCAAUGAGAACAGCAGCUCGCUGAGGAAUUCACUGGAAGAGGGAAUCAAGCCUGAACAGAGAACCAACUCUGCGUCUGGGUUGAGUCCAUUAUAUCUUGGAGCAGGGGAUCCAGUGGCACCUGUGCGGACAGCCAAAGCUGAACGGCGGCACCAAGAGCGAUUGCGAAUGCAGAGUCCUGAGCUUCUGAGUGGUCAAGAAAAGGAGCUUUCUCCAGCCGAACGUCGUGCUCUGGAGGCAGAGAAACGAGCAAUGUGGAGGGCGGCACGGAUGAAAUCACUUGAACAGGAUGCUCUUAAAGCCCAAAUGGUUAUUGCCAAGUCCAAGGAGGGGAAAAAACGCAGCACACUGGAGCAGCUGGCAGAGUCACCUUCACCUGUUCCUACCCCAUCACCAACACCACUGGAAGAUUGCAGUCCCAGAAGCGUCACUUCACCGGGAAGGCUGUCCAUGUCUGAAAAGAAGUUUGACUACCGGGAAUUUGCUGCUAUUCCUUCCUCCAAACCUGUUUACGAAAUCCAG